AUGGCGACCCCUACCGACUCCUCCGACACCCUCAUCACACCCACACCAAAACGCCUCUCCCAGUUCACACCUGACAAACCGAGGGCAAUGAAAAUAGGUUCCCUCUCACCAGCAGACUCCCCACCACCAGUGGUCCCGAAACUCAUCCGGGAAGCCAGUGACAUCACAUGGCAGGAAUCGCUCGAAGCAAGCAGAGACCAGGUGACCCUAGUCCGACGAAGAGGCCGAUUUCGCCUCUUCCGCCAAUCCCAAUUCAGGAACAGCUUACUGGCCAGCGUGGGAUACCUCGAACUAGCGAAUGCGGGCGACUUCGCCGCAAAUGUCUGGAACGAGGUCCCCGUUCCGAAGUUCGCUGCCGUGCUGAUGGGUAUUGGUGGCACACUCGCCCUAGGCAUGAUGUUCGUUGCUAUCCAGGAUUACCGCCUCAGCUGGCGGAAUGUCAAACUACUCCGGGCAGAACGGGCACAUUUGCAGCGGUUGCGGCAGUAUCAUGAUAAGAAUGCUGAGCUGGCUCAAUUGAUUGAUAGUCGGAUUAGUGUUGGAUUCCGUGAGCUUGGAACGGAGGUCGUGGAUCGAAUCGUUAUGGAUGUGUUGAUGGGUUUUGGUGCGGUGCUUGUUGGCAUUGGUACGCUGAUGGCCAUUGGCGGUGCAAACCCCCGGGUUUACAAGGCCAGUAAUCUGCUCUCAGGGUAUAUUGGAAAUGGUCUCGCUGCGUUAUUUGGUCUAUUAAAUGCCAUCUGGUCGGGCUUUUUGAUCCAUCGUUUCCGUAUGCAUGACGCUGCUGUCUAUGCUCGCGAACCAAGUGAUGAUAUCCGUCGCCGUCUGCAUACCCGUUUCCGUCGCUUCCAAUGGCAUGCUAGUAUCAACGGCCUGAAUGGUCUUGUUGCUGGUGCUGCAUCGAUGGUCACUGCCGAGCGUUGGUGGGGAUAUAUUGUCCUCAUCCCAUGCAUCAUAUCCCUGAUUCUGUGCAAUUACUUUUGGCGCAAAAAGCUUGGCUAUGACCGUCCUGUCUUGGGCUUGUCCUCUCCAGCCAGUAUACAACUGACCCCACUGAUCGAGGAUCUGGAAUAUGUGGUCGUGAUGCAACGCGGUCUCGCCGAACCUGAAACCUCCCUGCCCCAAGCAAUCGUCCAACUCGACUCCCUGGACUCUAUUCUGAAAUUCAUCGCCCGCGAACGCAUGCUGGAUACAUACUGUGACUCCUUAUCCCGUGAUAAAAAGACUCGCCACCUCCUGGCUGAGCUCCCUGUCAUCCCUGAAUCCCCGGACCAAAUUACCAUCUCCCUCGACACCCUCUACACCCUCUCCACAUCUCAUAACGAAAUCCUCCUCACCCACGCAAAACAGUUCCUGCAAACUACCGGCGUCUGCAUGUUCAUAUACCGUGAACGCCACCUCCUUGAAUUACUCGGCUUCGCCGUCUGGCAGGAUCAGAUGAAAGCUACGACUGCAAAGCAUGAAGCCGAUACAAUAGACCGUGCCUAA